AUGGCAUCCUCGGCUCGCAAGGCAUUGAUUCAUGGCCGUGUCAUGGAUAUCGGUGACGGUUCUGAGCAAGUUCGUCUUGCCGAGCGUCUUCUCAGCAUACUCCAAACGCCGUACGACGAGAAAAAAAAGCCGACCUUGCCAGACGAGCUGCUGUACGAUGAUGCAGGAUUGCCAAUCUGGAACAAAAUCAUCUCCACGCCACAGUAUUACCAAACCCAUGAUGAGAUCAAGUUGCUGGAUAAGUUUGGAGAAACCAUCGCGCGCCGAGUGAAGCCUGGCGUGACCAUAAUUGAUAUAGGCGCAGGUGACACAAGAAAGGUCGAGCAUCUCCUUGCUGCGUUCGAAAAGGCAAAAGUCCCGGCCACAUACUUUGCCCUAGACAUCUCUGAGGAUUCGCUGAAGCGCAGUGUAAGCUAUCUUGCCAAACGACAUUCAAAGCCCGAGGCAAACGUUACCUGCGCAGGCAUCUGGGGAACCUUUGAGGAUGGGCAAGCCUUUGUCGACAGAUGGGUGCCGGAGCCUCGGCUAUUCUUGUCCCUGGGGUCCGUCCUUUGUAACGAUGACUGGGCUCCGGCCGUUAAUCGCUUGCAAGAAUGGGGGGCUGUUAUGCGACCAAGUGAUUUGCUCCUCGUCGGCAUGGAUGCCCAUUUGGCUCAGGAUUACGAGCACAAGAUAGAGCAAGCUUACCAUUUGAGGAAAGAUCUCCUCCGAGAUUUCUUUCUCAAUGGUUUCAGGCAUGCCAACGAUUUGCUAGGUCAGCCAUUGUUCCAAGAAGAAGACUGGGAAUUUUGCUGUGCGCUCGAGAGGAGCCCGACGACCCGACACCGAAUAUUUCUCCGAGCCAAAAAUGACAUCAGGUGUGACAUGUUGGACAGGGUUAUCAAGACGGGCGAGGAGUUUGAUUGGUUCGAUUCACACAAGUACGGUGAAUUAAGCGUACGGCGCAUGUGUUAUGAAGCAGGACUAAUCGUGUCGGACGUUUGGAAAGACGGCUCUGAAUUUCGCCAAUACUUGAUCAAACUUCAAGACGCAAAGUAUCUCGAAGAUGAAGAUAGUGGCGUGUCCGAUAUAUCGUAA